ACUUUCGAUGAUUCGUUGCAAACGAGAGUGUCUACUGGGCACACCACUGAUCUUCGUCCUACCAUCGACAGCAUGUAACACAUAUCUAUCACGUGAGUCGAAUUCAUUUGAAGUCAAGACCUGAAGAGGGAUGGUACCGAUUCGCCUACUUGUUGCUGUUGUUCUAGUCACUGUCUCAGAUGCUGCUAUAAUUUUCCUUCAUGCUCCAUCUGGUACCGUGUAUAUUCCUCCAAGUGGCUUUCCUGCAAAGACAGUGACAUGUGUCACCAAUGAGAAAGCUAGCAUCACAUGGGUGUUUGCUGAUGGUGUUGUAUUGGAUCCUGCUUUAUAUGGCAUUAGGACAUUGAAUGACACUGCCAGUGCUAUAGAUAUGAGUCAACAACUGCUUCUCAAUAUACCAAGCAGGAUAACAUUUCUUCAAAUAUACUGCCAAGCGGGAAACAUAAGCAGCACUAAAUUUGGCUUUCUAAGGGGAGGUAAGUAGAAAGCUUUGUUAGUCAUAUCACUGAUUGUUUAUUUGACAACAUCAAAAUAACUUGUAUUUAAAGAUGCAUGCCACUACAGGAAAUAGUGUGAAUAUCUGUAAGUUUCAUCCACACACUGUCAUUUGAACAGGUCUCCUUCAAUAUAGCAACUGCAGAGUUCACUGCUUCAUAUUAUCUUUUAAUCUUUUUUUACAACACUAUUAUCAUGCAAUGUCAUAUCUAAAGCAACACCCAGAUAGUUAAUUAAUAUACUCCAUGCAAGCAAGGUUUUCUCCAUCAAGCUGAAACUCGAAAUCAGCAAUAGACUUCAGUUCGUUCUUGCU